AGUUAAUUCCCUGUUAUAUUUACCACUAUGCUUUCUUCCUUUUACCUGGCUCCCCGUGCUGUAGUUCCUCUACUGAGUGCUCCUUCUCUAGCUCAGCGAGCCCUCACGUUUACGGCGAGGGGCGGUUUCGUCCGACAGAAGUCCAGCGGCCUCUUUGGUGACGUUCAUCGCAAUUUCGCGUCAACAGCAAAGGGCUGUUCGAAAAACUGCUGUAAACUACACUGUCCUAAAUGCGACUAUGUCAUGAAUUCCUUCUGCCCCUUCUGUCCAUCUUGUGAUUCCUUCCAACCGGAAAAGCCUCGUGAAUGUCCCACUGAUUACUUCUGUCUGCUUGACCAGCCCCACAAGUACAGUAUCGACACCAAGGGCGCUGAGAAGUGCUACAGGCGACUUCAGAACAGGCUGCAUCCAGAUAAGGUUGCUCAUGUUGACGGCGCCGACGCUGAGGUUGCUGCUGCCGAUUCCGCUAUGGUAAAUGACGCCAUCAAAACGCUGAGGUCUCCCUUGAAAAGAGCGGAGCAUCUCCUCCAACUGGAGACCGGUGUGAAGGCGGACGACGACGAGGCAGAGGGGAUGGGAAAUAUGGACCCUAGUGUGCUGAUGGAAACGUUGGAGUACAAUGAAGAGAUUGAUGAUGCCGAGGGGGACGAGGAGGAGCUCCUCAAGCUCACUAAGGAGAACGAUGAGAGGAUCAAAGAGUGCGAGGAUGAGCUCACGAGGCUCUGUGAUGAGGCCCACGACUGGGAGGCGGUCGAGACUGAAGUCAAUCGCUUGAGGUUUCUCGUCCGCAUUGACGAUAGGUUGAAAGGCACUGUGAACAAAAUGUAGUGUCCUUUUAUAUACUACUGCAUAUUAUAUACAUUGGUUUCUACUUGGAA